AGUCAAGCUGUGGAUAAUUUAGGAAUCCCAACCCAUUGCUCUUAAAGCCCAAAAACACUAAGAAACACAUCAAACAAACAAAUUCCACAGAUCAAAGAGAGUGAUCGAGAAAUUGCAGAAGCCAUUCAAAACUAUGAGACUUGUAAUAAUAUUAGCGAUUUUGUGCGCAACAAAUUGCCGAGGUCAUCAAGAAAACAGAAACUGCUCUGCUUCUUGCGGCAACAUUCAAGACAUCCAUUAUCCCUUCCGAUUAACCGGUGAUCCAAACUCCUCCACCUGCGGCCUCUCCACCUACGAACUCGCCUGUCAAAACAACCGCACCAUUCUUAACCUCAACUCCCACAAAUAUUUCGUGCUCUCAAUCACUUACACAAACUUCUCAAUGCGAAUCCUCGAUCCCGGCCUACAAAACACCAAAACACCAUUCCCUCUUCACGAUCUCAAGCCCCAAGACCUGUCCCGAAGAUACCACUUAUUGCGGCGGCGAUUCAACUCGCCGGCGGCAUUCCUCAGCUGCACAAACCCUGCAAACUCUUCCUCGUACCUCAAAUCUGAGGUGAAAUCUGAGGAUUCAUCCUUUUCCUAUGUGUUAGUUGGGGAACAUGUAGAUGUCGGGAAAAUUGAGGAUUCUUGCAGUAUAACCGGCGCUGCUUGGUUCUCCACAUCUGUGUUUCCUUAUCAGAGACACCGAGGAAACAUGUCUCUUGGGCAAAUCCAUGACGCACUAGCUUAUGGGUUCGAGCUCUCAUGGCUUCCCCUCAACUGCAGUGCAGUGUGCGGGAAAAAGCAUUGCAGAAUUGAAGACAACAAUACAAUCGCCUGCGUGGCCUCCCGCCUUGCUUCAAACUCUAAUUCCAUGCCCUUACUACACAAGUGUGAAAUUUUUGGUUCAUUUCUCGUCGUGUUGGUCAUUCUUGCCACAUUUGGUAUUUAUUUCUUGAACAAAAAGAGAAAGGAGCAGUUGAAGAUUGAAAGGUUUUUGGAUGAUUACAAAGCUCUCAAACCAGCAAGGUAUUUGUAUGCAGAUAUCAAGAAAAUCACGAACAAAUUUAGUGAAAAAUUAGGCGAGGGAACCUAUGGAACCGUGUACAAAGGGAAGCUUUCACAUGAUGUUUUUGUUGCCGUUAAGGUCCUCAAUAAUUCCAAAGGAGACGGGGAAGAGUUCAUCAAUGAAGUGAGCACAAUUGGAAGCACGCACCAUGUCAAUGUGGUUAGAUUGGUUGGCUAUUGUGCUGAUGGGUUUCAUCGAGCUCUUAUUUAUGAAUAUUUAGUGAACGAUUCUCUUGAAAAGUUUAUAUGUUCUCCAAACGAGAAAAAUUUCAUUGGUUGGGAGAAACUGCGACAGAUUGCUCUAGGCAUAGCCAAAGGAAUUGAGUAUCUUCACCAAGGAUGUGACCAAAGGAUCCUCCAUUUCGACAUUAAACCUACUAACAUAUUGUUGGAUCAAAACCUCAAUCCAAAAAUCUCAGAUUUUGGUCAAGCAAAAUUAUGCUCCAAGGAAAAGAGCAUUGUCUCUAUGACCAAUGCGAGAGGGACCAUGGGUUAUAUUGCACCAGAAGUCUUCUCCCGAAACUUUGGAAACGUCUCAUAUAAAUCAGAUGUUUAUAGUUUUGGAAUGCUUUUGCUAGAAAUGGUCGGAGGAAGAAAUAAGAGCGACGUCGAGGUUGGAUCAUCUGAAAUGACUGGCCAAGACUAUUUCCCGGAAUGGAUUCACAACAUCAUGAAUAAGGGAGAAGAAGAAAUAGAGAUUGAGAUAGAGAAAGAGGGUAGUGAUUCUAAGAUUGCAAGGAAGCUAACAAUUGUAGGACUUUGGUGCAUCCAGUGGUACCCAGUGGACAGGCCUUCAAUAAAAGUUGUGAUUCAGAUGAUUGAAGCUGAGGAGCCUCCCUCCGUGCCACCAAAUCCCUUUGGUUCCACUCAUCCAUCCUGUGCUAGAGCAAGUAAGCCUGGGAAAAUGUUUACCAGUGGACUAGAAAUUAUAACUGAGUCUGAAUGAUGACUCUUUCAUUGUAUAAUAUUGUGUAUACUAUUAUGUAGUGUUUACCAGUGGACUCUUUCUUUGACCCAGUAUAACCAUGUAUUUUUUAAUUAUUUUAAUAGUGUUGGUUUUUGAUAAGUGCAAAA